CACUAGCAGGAAUCCCCCAUUUGCAUGCGUCCCAUCCACACAGUGCACAUUCCUUUAAACGGAGGCUGUCGGAGGGGCGUGCACCAAGAGUCGCUCUUUUCGCACCAGCAGGGACACUGUUCGCCCACCGAGAGAGAGAGCUUCACCAUGGCCUCAGCACUGAAUUGCACACCCUUUAUGUUGUGUUUUAUUUAUUUGUCGUUACUGUUUGCAAGCGUGUUUUGCGACGCCGAUGCAGAAGAAGAUGAGCAUGCCAAGCACUCGUACACUGUGGAGAUGUUCAACGAGGCGGUGCCCACUGCACCCCACUUUGUCAUGUUUUUCGCCCCAUGGUGCGGCCACUGCCAGAGGUUACAGCCCGCAUGGAAUGAACUAGCAGACAAAUACAACAGCAUGGAUGAGCCCCCGGUAUAUGUGGUAAAAGUAGACUGCGUCCAGGACACCAAGUUCUGCUCCAAUGUCCACGGAGUUAGGGGAUACCCCACGCUGAAGUUGUUUAAGCCAGACCAGGAGGCAGUUAAGUACCAGGGGCCCAGAGAUCUGCAGUCUCUGGAGACCUGGAUGCUGAAGACACUCCAGGAGGAGCCUACAGAACCAGAGGCUGAACUGGAGCCUCCUAAAGCCCCAGAGCCCAAACAGGGCAUGUAUGAGCUCACCGCUCUCAACUUUAAGGCUCAUGUAGCCAAAGGUGCCCAUUUUGUCAAGUUCUUUGCCCCAUGGUGUGGUCAUUGCAAAGCCAUGGCCCCAACCUGGGAGCAGCUGGCUACCACCUUUGAGCACUCUGAUGAUGUCAAGAUAGGAAAGGUGGACUGCACGCAGCACUAUGAGGUGUGCUCUGAGAACGGUGUACGGGGAUAUCCCACGCUGCUCUUCUUCUACAACGGACAGAAGACAGACCAGUACAAAGGAAAAAGAGACCUGGACUCUUUCAAAGACUUUGUGGACAACCAGCUGAAGGCUGCCGUUGCUGAGGUUCAAGACCAGGAACCAAGUGAGGAGCAAAAAGCAAACGAGAUCCUCACUGAUGAGCCAGCCAAAGAGGAAGUAAAGUCCGGCGUGUUGACCCUCACAGAGAACAACUUUGACGAGACUGUGGCCAAGGGCAUCACCUUCAUCAAGUUCUACGCUCCAUGGUGUGGUCACUGUAAGAACCUCGCUCCAACGUGGGAGGAUCUCUCCAAGAAGGAGUUUUCCGGCCUCACGGACGUCAAGAUAGCCAAAGUGGACUGCACUGUUGAGCGCACACUCUGCAACAAGUACUCUGUUCGAGGUUACCCCACCUUGAUCGUCUUCAGGGCGGGCGUGCAGGGUGACGAGCAUCACGGUGGGCGGGACCUGGAGAGCCUGCACGGCUUUGUGAUGAGGCAGGCGAGAGACGAGCUGUAGAAACGGUCAGCACUCCACUCUCCAGCACUCUGCUCGCCCACACUGCAUAACUGGCCAGUAGGACACCACUCUCUCUCCUACAGUAACCAAACCUCUCUCUAUCUCUCUCUCCACUCGGGAUCUCUUCAGAAAGGAGUCAGCCAAUGACAGACUGUAGUCUGUUCUCUCUCCACUUUUCAAGGACAGAAUGAUUCAGUAGAGUGUUUUGGAUGUGAAUGUAUUUCUCAUUGCUGUUGCCCAACCUUAAAUCUUCUAACAGGGAGAAAACUAUCAUUUGGUUGGGUCUACAAAUGACGUAAUACGUCUGACAACCACUUUGCAAGCACUGCUCAAUCAAUCAGAACCAGAAUUCCUUGCACAAAUAAAAACUGUUGUUUAUUAAAAGGGUAAGGACAGAUGUCCCAGUUUCUGUCUGUUAAAGAAAUCAAUAGUUUCUGAUCAACUUCUGUAGCCAUUUACUUAUUUUUUUCUAAAUGCUAAAUUUUAUACAUGGGAUCUGUUGUUAAAUCCUAAGCCAUUAAAGUUAUGGUACUGCCAUUCAGAACUUUGUGUCACCCAAAUGUGAAGUUGAGUGUUAAGUUGAGGGUGUUUUCUAUCCAUGCCAGUGAUGGCCUAUCUAACUUAACUCUCAGGGAAACGCCCUUGCAGACUAGAAGAAGCUGUGACAGAGGCAUCGUUGUUAACACAGGAGUCUAGGACUAACACAGGUCUAACAGAGGAGUCGUGGCACAUGGACAUGACCACUCCUCUUCAUGAGGUAGAUUUUUUAGCUUUUGGAAAUAACAACCAGAUAAGCUUGGUAAACUACACAUCACGAGUAUGGAUCUUGCCCGUUUUCUAACUCCUGUGAUCUCAUUCAGCCAUCCCUCUCUACUCUUCCUAGUAUUCAGGGUCUCAGGCCUGGACCAUGUUGCCCCAUUUCUCCACCACUGAACGUCUUUAGAGUUACUACUGCUUCAGUUUUCACUGUUUUGUUUAUUCAGAAACACCCAUCAGAUGCAGCUCAGUUAAUACUGCGGAUUGGAUUUAAAUCUAUAUUUACAACUGGCUCUACGUUUGAUCCUUUUGUAGUACAAGAAGUGUGAAUGUAAAGUGUGCUGUAUCUCUCAGGCCAGACCCAUGUUUAAAGGAUUUGGGAACCUGUAAGUGGAGUGGAAGAGGACACUUGGAGCCAGUACUGAGGGUUAAACAUGCAGUGUAAGUUCAGGAUGUUGAAAAGAAAGAAUAGGUUUCAUCAGAGCGUUUACAAGUUUACUUCUGCAGGUGGAUAUUUUUGUAAUAAUAUUUGUGAGGUUGGAACUGACAGACAUUUUACUGCAGCUCAGGGUCAGGCUAGCAUCAUAUCACCUUUCUGACUAUGAUUGUGAUCUAUUCUUACCUUUUGGUCCCAAAUUCUGUUCUUAGAUAUCACAAUAGCUGACAGUGAAAAACCCAUGCUGUGAACUCAAAAGCUUUAGGCACCAAAAACUAUGGAUUAAUAGUUUUAGUUGUGUAUAGUUUAAGUUAAAUAGAAAGUGGGGCAAUCUGGUGGUAAUGUGCAGCCUCACCAGCUGCUGGUUUCUGAGUCUCACUAAUCAGUAAAAUGAUAUGAUGAUGAUGAUGGAGAAGUAGCAUUAUUUUCCUUAUGCAACCAAAAUAAACCAUAAUUUGGCUGGUGGCUGGUUUUAAUGUCCCAUUCUUUGAUUAUAACCACUGGUGAGAUGAAUCAGCCAAACUGAAAUCUUCUUUAGUCUGCUGUAUACUGUAUCAUAAACAUCAACCCACAAAUCCAAUAGUCAAAGGCCAAGAAUAUGUCAUCUGUCACAGGCCCGGUUCUAAUAGCAUUUGCAGUUUUUGCUAAUAAAAGUUCCCUUCAGCGCACUUUUCUGUGACUGACUUCACCCAGCUGAUCGUGCCCAUUACACUGCAAAUGCUCUUUGACCUAGGUUAUGUGAAAAGAAUGUGCUGCGUGAUGCAGGGCACAAUUUAUUGUCUAAACCCAGGUACACAAACAGACACACAGCAGUUUUUUUUGUCAGUAAAAGUUUUUAUGGAUAGCACAUGGUCAAAGGAACUCCAGUGACAGAAGUGUUUUUUUUUUCCUUGUGAGUCAUGGGUUGUGCACUACCCAUGGAUUUUGUACAAAAAGAGUGAAUAAUGGCAAGUUGUAACAUGAGAUUUCAUAAUAAAAUUUUUUCAAAAAUAA